CCAACACACACCAACUAACAGUGCGUUAUUCAACAUGGAAGACCCAUUCAGCCAGUACAUCCAAAUAACAGAGCAAGAUCGACGCCUCAACACCCCGAUCAUCACCAUCUCGCUCCGCGCCGCAGACCCCCAAUAUGUCCUUGACCCCACUACUCUGGGCUUUCGCAUACACGCUCACUGGACCUCAGACCAAGAAAGCAGCGGCGAAGGGCAAGACCAAACCUGUAUCCUAGACUGGACCGGCGUGGAGGCGGGGCUCCUCUUAUUCCGGCUCCUGCCAAGGGGGAAUUAUGAGCCAGUGACUUUCGAGCAGAAUGACUCGAACACCAAGCCCCCGCAUCGUCUUUUGAGCUUCGCACAGCUCGAUGUCCCGGAUCGAUGGGUGCUUGCACCCGGGACCACCACCGCCCCGAUGCAUCCGCGCAUUGAACGGCACGCGAACCAUGGCCUACAGCCGGACGAGCGGUACGAGAUCCUAUGGCCCGGCGCUGAGAUCCCUCGCUGGGAACUGGGGGAUGCGAGAGAAGCAGCAGCCCCGGAGCGCAAGCGCAAGCGCAAGCCCAAGUCAAAGGUAGCCCCCCUCGUGAUUCCCGGCGGGGCUCGAUGCUCGUUCAUGCUGAAGGGGGAGAGGGAGCCGGCGCCGAUGCCGCGGGCAUGGAGCCCGCCACCACUGGAGCAGACGGAUCGAGUUCCCGGCGCCCCAGUCCUCACCGUUGAGCUGAAGGCUACGACCUCGCACUGGAACCCAAGGAAACGCCUCCCCAUAACAUGGACGAUAACGUAUCACGGCACCGCCGGGAGAGAAGAUGCUCCCCCCACCAACCCUCGACCCAUCACCUUCCGCACCUACAAUUUCUGUACUUACGGAGCCAUCCGCGCGUAUCGCCAGCGAUACAAGGAUGGAGAAUGGGAGUCCUACGACGAAGGCGGGAGCUGUCAGUUCCCCAGUGGACCCGACGACCCCUAUCAAGUGAUCGUGGGCAUGAAGAGAGAAAAGGCCGGCUUCAUCAGCCUGCGGCCGGGGCAGACGUACUCGAGGUCGGUGCAUCUCUACUCGCAAGACGAUCUGCCGCCGUAUCCGGCUACCGGGGAGGUCCUGCGCUAUCGCUUCGUUGGCUGUGUACUGGACUGGUGGGAUUGGGGCACGCUGGAGGAGCAUGUUGAUACGGUGGUGACCGUGCCUGGGUUUCUGGGCGGGGAGGUCCUUGAGCCCAGGGAUAAUGGGGGCGAGCCAGGGUGGUUGUGCCUGCUUCGAAUCUGGUCGAGUUUACGGUUCUUUGAGGUGGCUUACAUAGUCCCGGUGUGGAAGGCAGUCCUGGUGGUCCGUCCUACUGCAGAAAAUGCUGCGGUAGAAGCAGAGAAUGCUGAGUUUGGGUGAGACCUAACGCGAUGACAGUUGCUUUGUCAGCAAAAUACUGAAUCUGGGGCACAUUUAGUAUCCGGAUCUGUGCCAAACGGCGUGGGAUUCAACCUGCAGUAGUCGGAUCUGUUGAU